AGGACUAAGUGUAAGCAAGCCACACAGGAAGUCAAGAUAAGCAAUAUGCUUUAGAGAAAGUCUUGAGGAUCUCUUGAGGUUUAUUUCAAACAUCUUGGGCAAAGGUGUUGCAUUUGUGGUGGAGAGUGAGAUGGCUAUUCAAGCUGCCAUCAUGAACUCCCAGUUCUUAAACAUCUGCUUUCCUUGUUCAGUCAUGGAGUACGAGAUGGAGAAGGGUCUGAAAGAGGGCCAUCUGGGUGAGGUGGCUUGCGAAGGGGAUUUUCGGGAGACCACCAGAGACCUGCUUAGCUUUAUUGACUCAGCAUCCAGUAACAUCAAACUUGCAUUGGACAAACAUGUCAAGUCCAAGAGGAAGGUCAACCACCGCAAGUACCUGCAGAAGCAGAUUAAAAGGUGCACAAGUACCAUCUCACCAGGGACAGCACCAGUCCAGCAGCCAUGUAAGAAACACGGUUCGCCCCAAACCCCAACCAGCAACCUGCCCAGCAAAACGCCACCCAAGAAGGACGGGAUACAGACCAACCUGCAAAGCAAGAGUCUGGCUGCCCUUUUUAACCCAGCAAAGGAUGUACGAGGAGAAAGGGCCAAGAAGCCCCCACUGCGGCACCGAAACCUUCCACCAUCCUUCUUUACAGAGCCGGCCAACAGCUCGAGAGUUACAUCUACAUCUGGCAUGUCGCUCAAAGACCUGGAGCGUGAUACUCCGGAGGCAGCAGAGUUCUUAGAGCUUCUUGGGCCUGAUUACAGCAACAUUUUCUCGGAGCAAGAGCUGUUCCAUACGGCACCUAUAAGGAUCCAACAUGAGGUGACCGUAGGCCCUGAACCGGUUUCUAAUGAAUCGCACAAUUUUGUAACUGGUGGUUUUUUGUACACAGAGCCUUGGGGUACUUGUAAUGGCACCUCAAAAAAGACUGGGGACAUGCGGACGCUGCAGCCAAAUCUUUAUAGUCAUAUAGACCUUACUGGCGCUGUGCCACUGGAACAGAGUUCACCUUGUGCACUUCCCUUUCCAAACUUCUUUUCAGAGUGCUCCGCACCUCCGGUCUCCUAUGAUCUGACGAAUGGAUACAACAGAAUGAGCUUUCCAUCUCUUUAAGUCAGACAUUUUUCUCAGAACAAAAAUGCUUAUGCUGUUUUUGUAAUGUAAUUGCCCUUUUGAUCCUGAAACAUUUGCAUCCAAACUUGCUCAUGGAUCUUUUUUUAAAACAUUGCUUUGUUUUAAAGGAAAGGUUUAUUAUGUCUAUGAUGACCUUAUAUCUCCAAAACUUAAUGAUAAAAUAGUAAAUAAUAUAAUAAAUAAUAAUAAUAAAUUCACUGUUCUAUUCAUUAAAUAGCAAAACUACUCAGAUCUUAGCAGUUCAUUUUAUUGCUCCCUGUAUGUAAAACUACAAGACAAUAUUCACAAAUUGACACAAUAAUGUUUUAACGUGUACUUGAAACAAUUUUAACAUGGGUUCUGCAUUUACUGGUAAUACUAGCAGUUUAAAACUAUCCAGAAAUUUGUUACAGAUCUCAGGGGGUUUUGCUUGUUUUUUAUUUUUUAUUUGCUGGUUAACUUUUAUAGACAUAUUUAGAUAAAAACAAAAAAAACACCCUGAAAUAGUGGCAAUCAUGACAAUUUGUUUGCAUUCUUAUUUUAAACACUGUUUGUUCAUCUAUAGCUUAUAGUUUUUUAUGUGUACUAAUCUUUAAUGACUUAUCAGUUAUCUUAAGGCAAAGUAUCUGAAGGAAUUUACUUUACUUUGCCUAAAGUUCAGUGAAGAUGGUCUAAUGUUUUUGGUACUCUGGACUACUGUAUACUUUCAUAAAAAAUAAAGUUAUUUUAUAGAAUAUGUACAAAAAAAUGUAAAAGGUAAGUAGGUAAAGAUGAACAAGGAGGUGGGAAAAUUGUGCAUAAUAUACUUGUAUUGGCAAUAUUUAUAGUAGUAAUAUACAAAUGUUUCACGAUCAUUUCCAUCAUAAAAGGGAACAAAACAUAAAUGCAGCAAUUAAGAAAGGAAUUGUACAAUGUUUUUGUAACACUAUAGCCUUAUGGUUGUUUAAAGUAAACACAAUUUUACAUUAGUUAUUAGACAUUUCCAAAUGGAAUGGAAAGCAACAAACAAUUAAAACAAAUUACUCUACUGAAUACUUUAAUAUUUAGUUGUGGUCUUAAAUUGAAUCAGCAAAGGAUGAAAUUUGUGUUAGUAAUUGAUAUGCUAAAAUUAGUGUUACUCGUCAAGUUAUUUGCAUUAAGUUAUCAAAUGGUAUCAGCAAUACUACAGAUUUCAAGAGAUUUUUUAUUUUUCGGUGGAACUGAUACUUGAUGUCUGUUUU